AAUCCAAACGAUGUCUCCUGAUGAUUUCUGCGGUGGACCAAUUUGGGUAGAACAUUUUUUCUCUACGUAUCUUGAUAUUUGACAUUUCAUAUAACAUAUAAUAGCAAAGUGAAUGUGAUUUGAUAAUCAUAAUUUUAAUUAUUGAAUCUUGAAAAUUGAUGAGUCUGACUAGUCUGAGAUAGUUGUUAAAAUGUCACACUUUUAUUGUCGGUAUCAUUAAAAAUUAAUAGUCACUACUAUUAUUUAAUGUGAUUAUUAUGAUUGAGAUUGAAUAUGCCUUAUCUAGCUUGAAAUAUGAAUACAAUUUAUAAAUUAUAAAUGUCUAGACCUCAUGAAAUUCUCAUAAAAAUUUUAUUAAAAUUUUUGCAAAGUUUCAACUUAAAUUAAUGAGUAUGAGUAUGAGUAAAUAACUUAAUAAGUUACAAAUUCUACCGAUGAAAAUGAAAUGCUUUAAAUUUAAAGUGUUUCAAUAUCAAUGGUUCCUUUCAUAGUCAUAGUAAUAGUCAAUUUAUAGAUCCACAAAAUCCAUAAAGUCCAUUGAAUAACCUACACUACAUGUUAAUGUAAACACUCAAAGUCAAAGAGACACUCACAUUUCUUCAUGAUUCAUGAUGACAUUAUGAUGAUUUCCUAAUAUUAAAAAACUAGCUUACUAUAUGAUAUACUAUAUGGUGUAGUCUUUGUGAAAGUUUUAGCUCAAUACAACUUAAAAGAAGCUUUUUUUGUUUGCGAAAAUGAUAAAAAGUGGAUUUAACUGGAGAUGAAUUUCUUGAACUCUUUUGUCCCAAAAUGUAAUUCUUGAAUAAAUGAUGAUAUGCCUUAUUUUUGAAGUUGAGGAGACUAUUUUCUUUUUUCUUAUUUUCUUUAUAACUAUUAUAACACUUGUACGGAUGUAAACUUGUAUAUCUUAGUGAUGCAAAAAAUAUGAUAAAAUCAUCAUAUGACUACAAGAAAGAUAUGUACGGUAACACAAAUUAAUACAGUGUCUUCUGAUCCCUCAACUUUAGAACAACUCUGAAUUUAUGACAGCAUCAUGGCCAAAGUUUACAGAGUGUUUUCGAGAAACUAUCCUUGUCUGGUUUCCUUGUGGUCUCCUCACUAUUUUUGGCCCUUGCUAUGUUGCCGGCUUACGUAACAGUCGGCCUAACAAGUCACUACCCAUUGGUGUACUCAACUCAGGAAAAUUGGUAUUUAUUGCAUUUUUGGCUUCAUUUAAGCUAAUGUGUGUAUUUUUUAAAAUUUUUGUUAAAAAUAAGAAGAUAAAUCAUCAACAUGCAAGAUUAAUCACUGAACAUUCUCAGGAAAAUUAAAUAUAAAAAAUAGUUAAGUGACUCUACUUAUAAUCAAAAGUGGUAAUGUUAUAAUGAUCUGCAUUACAAUAUAGAACACAAUUCUUAAUUAAAUACUUUUUCUCCCUUAUAAUCUGAUGGGCAGUUCAAUAACUAUCAACUUUGAAAUUGCUCAGGAAACACAAUUUAAAAAAGCCAAAAAAAAAAAAAAAAAAAAAUAAAAAAAAAAAAAAAAAUAAAAAAAAAAAAAAAAAAAUUUAUAAAAAAAAAGAGUUAAGUCCCAUAAAUGAUUGCAAUAAAAAAAGUAAAGAUUUUUAAAAAAAAGGAGUUCUGGGUGAAUAUUGUUAUAAGUUGGACUUUUUUUAUAAUGGGAACAACAUGGGAAUCUGAAAAAAUUAUUAAUAUUAUUUAAAAAAUUGAAAAGAAUAAUAAAUUUCAAAUGCUGCUUUGAGAUGAGGGCAGUAUUAAAAAAGAUUUACGUGUAUUAAAUUAAUUUAAUUGUUAAAUUUCCCAGGAAAUGAAUUGCACAUUUUAGUAAGAAUUGCUUAUUAAAGCUAUUUCUGAGCAACUUUAUUUCAAAUAUUUUAAAAUUAUUUCAAUUUUGCUCUCUUUAGUUUUGUCACAUCACAAUGGCCAUUUUGACAUUGAUUACUAUGCUACAGAAAGCAAGUCUUCAUUCUGAGGGAAAAUUUAUUUCCUUAGCAUCUUUUCUUGGAGAUAUUAUCAAGAUAAUAACAUUUGUAAGUAAAAGUGAAAGUAAGAUAUGUAAUUAUACUUUUUGAAAAUGUCUGAGGAGAAACAGGAGCUUAGAGGCUUUAUCUGUGAGUAGAAGGAUGUCUUUGGGAGAAAUAUUGCAGCCAAGGACUCUAUUCCUCUUAUAAAAAGAUCCUUUUUGUUGUGUAAUCAUAAUUUUUGGAGAACAAUUAUUUAUGUUGAAGCUACAAAUAAAUAGUAGGAUCAUUUUAUCUCUAUCCAUAUUUUAGAAAGUAACAUGUCUCAACACUUAACUUAAUGCUGAGAAACGCAGAUGUCAUUACAGAAGACUAAAUUCAGAAUAGUUUUCUAUGCAAUGAUCGUUGAUAGAAAAUAAAUCAUGAUUUAAUUUUAUAAUCUCCAUACAGGUUUGUAUAGCCAUCUUGGGCCAAUAUGAGAGAAUUCAUGGUGUCGCAGCUUCCAUACUCCAGCUGACAUUUUGGCUAUUCAUGUCUAUUUCCCUUCUCAUCUCUUCAUAUACCUACAUC